AGCAACAAAUCCCCCAAAGCUUGCAUCUGCAGCCCUGCGGCUCCGCUCAUCAAUCCACGAUUACUACUUGUGGCUAAAUUCUGGAGUCUUGUUGGCCAUCGAAGCUUCUUGGUAGUAGUCUAACACCCAACGUCAGCCUAAAGUCUGUAUAUUCUCCGCGACUAUUAACGGAAGUAUGCGAACGACUAUAUUACGACUCAAAUGAUGCACUGAAUUACUUACGGCGGUGGUCACCGCGUACCCAGCCACACCUUCGUUUACGGCAGCCGCCAUGAUUGCUCCAGCAGUGACAGCGGUGUUCCUUCUCUCCCACCUCGUAUUCGCAAACACCAAUGCCUCAAUCCCAACCGUCAAAGUCACCGUCGACACACAAAAGACCUACCAAACAAUCGACGGCUGCGGCAUAUCACACGCCUUCCAACGCGCCCGCCAAAUCCAGCGUCUUUCAACAACCCAUCAGCAAAAAGUGCUCGACCUACUCUUCAGCGCAACCACAGGCGCCGGGUUCACCAUCCUCCGAAAUGGCAUCGGCUGCUCCUCAAACUACAGCCGCGACUGGAUGAGAAGCAUCACACCCAAAGCGCGCUCCUCCCCAAACACCACACUCCACCAGUAGAUUCUACAAGGUAAGCUAGACUGCGAAAGACUCCUGUAA